UCCUUGUAACAAACCCAUCUAUAAAUACUUUUCUUGGGGCGACUAAUUUUUUCUUUUUCAGAGGCCUCUCUGUCUCGUUCUCCCUCUUUCUCUCUCUGUGUCCUGUGGAAGCUCCAUUCCUCUUAACCCUAACAAUCACGACUUUCUCGAGAAGCCAAGGGACCGAUUAUCCCAGGAAAAAAAGAGAGCUCGAACUCGGUGGGAAAAUGCAGCACCAGAGGCUGAAGCAGCAGCAACAACAGGCCUUGAUGCAACAAGCCCUCCUGCAACAACAGUCCAUCUAUCACCCUGGCCUCCUCGCUCCUCCUCAGAUAGAGCCAAUUCCAAGUGGAAAUCUGCCUCCUGGUUUUGAUCCAAGUACUUGUCGCAGUGUGUAUGUGGGAAAUAUUCAUACACAAGUGACUGAACCACUUCUUCAAGAGGUUUUUGCUAGUACUGGUCCUGUUGAAGGGUGUAAGCUUGUUAGAAAGGAAAAUUCAUCCUAUGGAUUUAUUCACUACUUUGAUCGCAGAUCGGCUGCUAUCGCUAUUCUCUCUCUCAAUGGAAGGCAUUUAUUUGGGCAACCGAUCAAGGUUAAUUGGGCAUAUGCCAGUGGUCAGAGGGAAGAUACAUCAAGUCACUAUCACAUUUUUGUUGGAGAUCUCAGCCCUGAGGUUACUGAUGCGACAUUAUUUGCUUGCUUUUCUGUUUAUCCCAGUUGUUCAGAUGCAAGGGUUAUGUGGGAUCAAAAGACAGGGCGUUCAAGAGGCUUCGGGUUUGUUUCUUUUCGAAGCCAACAGGAAGCCCAGGGUGCAAUUAAUGACUUGACUGGAAAAUGGCUUGGCAGUAGGCAGAUUCGAUGUAAUUGGGCAACAAAAGGAGCGGCUUCAAAUGAAGACAAGCAAAGCUCUGAUGCUAAAAGUGUGGUGGAACUGACAAAUGGCUCAUCAGAAGACGGUAAGGAGAUGAUAAACAAUGAAGCUCCUGAAAACAAUCCUCAAUAUACUACUGUUUAUGUAGGCAAUCUUUCUCCAGAGGUAACACAGCUUGAUCUGCAUUGCCACUUCCAUGCUCUUGGGGCGGGAGUCAUUGAGGAGGUCAGGGUUCAGCGUGACAAAGGAUUUGGUUUUGUUAGAUACAAUACUCAUGCUGAGGCAGCUCUUGCUAUUCAAAUGGGCAACAUUCAGUCAAUUCUUUGUGGCAAGCCAAUCAAGUGUUCCUGGGGUAGCAAGCCCACUCCACCAGGCACAAGUUCAAACCCACUACCCCCGCCCGCUGCAGCACCUAUGCCAGGCAUCUCCGCAACUGACCUCUUGGCCUAUGAGCGGCAGCUGGCAAUGAGCAAGAUGGGCAGUGUCCAUGCUCUGAUGCACCCUCAGGGACAUCAUGCCCUGAAGCAAGCCGCAAUGGGAAUGAGUGCUGGAGCCAGCCAGGCAAUAUAUGAUGGUGGUUUCCAAAGUGUUGCGGCUGCCCAGCAGCUCAUGUACUACCAGUGAUAAUACCUUUAUUUCCUUUUCUUUCCAGGUGGUGUUUGAGUUUCAGAAAUUUAGGAAGCUUUUUAUGUUUACAUGUCGUCUUGCGGUGAUGUUUUUGAGAUUAUUUAUAUAUAAUAUAGUAUACUGGCAAAAUGUACGGCUGCAAUACGUGAUAUGUAUGCACUGCUGUUCCUGUGUAGAGUUGAGUAUCUGCUAAGCACUAGUGAUUACUGUGAGGGGGAAUUGGCUUUGUGUAGUAUGGAUGGUCUUUUUAGUUUUGAA